GGUUUUAGGGCAUGCUGGUCCGUGGUACGGUCAAUGUACGCAUGUAGCUAUGGUGAUUGGCGACCAGGUUUUGUUUUUCAUAGCUGGGAGCUUCCUUUCUUCCCUCGUGCUGGAAAAAGAAUCCGUGUGCUGCCUUGACUCGCCUGCCCGGCUUUGAUCGCCAGCGCCAUUUUAAUCCUCGCGAUAGCUCUUUCCAGGUCAAGGAUUUCCCCAGUGGAAGGAAGGGACUGGACGACCGCGGCGGCGACGAGGAUCUGGGCGCUGAGCCGUGAUCUUGGCGAUUUUUGUGUGGCGGCAUUGGCGAUUGUGGGCGGGAUUUCUCGAAAUAUCGGGCAUGGAGAAGAAUCUGUCCGUCGAUGUCAAGACCGCGAGGCGCUUCUUCUGGGAUUUGAGCGGAUCGCCAUACUCCGUCCGGAACUAUGAUCGAUCAGCGCUUAGUCCUCAAGACGAUGCUGCGAUCACGAUGCAGAAGACGUAUCGCGGCUAUCGGCGGAGGCGGCAGCUCGCGGAUUGCGCAGUGAUUGCCAGAGACUAUGGAUGGUGGAACGUCCUAGAAGGAGUUAUCCUGAGACAGAACAUCGAGUUCGACCAGGAGCGCGAAGAAAAUGUGUCCCACAAAUGGAUUCGUGCUAAGAAACUAGCGGCCAAGCUCGGAAAGGGCCUGUCCAAGGACGAAAACGCAAGAAAACUUGCAUUCGAACACUGGCUGGAAGCUGUACGCUUGUCGUUUAUUUUGUUUGUUCUAUUUUAUGACCCGCAUUCAUUGCAGAUUGAUGCCAGACAUCGCUAUGGACACAACUUGCAUAAGUUUUAUAAGAUCUGGUUCUCGAGUGGGACAACCGAGCCUUUCUUUUACUGGCUGGAUGUGGGAGAGGGCAGGCAAGUCGAGCACGAAGAUUGUUCUCGAGCGAAGCUUUUCAAGGACCAGAUAGAUUAUCUUGGCCCUCGGCAAAGGAAAGAGUAUGAAGUGUCGAUACAAAACGGGGUGUGGAGAUACUUAGACGGGAAGAUCAUUGACACCGGCGUGGUGGACGAUGACGACAAGUGGAUAUUUGUGAUGAGCACGACUGGAAGGAUAUACGUAGGCCAGAAAAAGAAGGGGAAAUUUCAGCACUCGAGCUUUCUAGCAGGAGGAGCUGCCACAGCGGCUGGCCGACUGGUUCUAAUGAACGGCAUUUUGGAGUUGCUUGAAGCUCACAGCGGCCACUACCGGCCGACCGAGGAGGAUUUCAGAUACUUCCUCAACACUCUCAAGGAUAAAGGCGUGGACAUGUCCAGAGUGAAGGUGGAGUACUCUUCCCGCGAGAUGAAAUCUCACAAGCAAAAGUCAAAGAAGAAGUUCCUCAAGGCCAACAAGGAUUCCGUGAGCGAUGAAGCAGCGAGCCUCGCAACGACUUUUGUGGAGGCAUUGAGCCAGGAAGCAUCAAAGCCGGAGGAGACCCCUUCCCUCACUCAUGUAGACGUCAACGGCAACGAGUGUAAUGGAAAUGGAGAUCUGCACAAGCACAUGAAGCAUCGCCCUCCAAUGCUCGAGAUCAAGCGAAAUGGCUGGUGCUCCGAGGGUGGAGCACGGAUCACAAGCCUCUCCGUCAUUCCACCUGAUCGUCGAACGAGAGCUCUCGACGCCGUUUCAACCCCGCGGGUCCUGGCCACUGUUCGCUGGUAAUAACUGAUUGCUACAAGAUGUUUUGGCAGCUUGUGAAGGUGUACAUACAUUGUCGUCUCUUUCAGGAUUUUUCAAAUCAAACUUUUCUUCGAACACAUCGUUAGCUCUCUAUAGGUGUUGAGAAUUUUCAAUCAAACUCAUCCUUUGAAAGAUAAGAGUACUUGCGUCAAAAGGUUCGAUUCCAGGGAAGAUAUACUAUACUUAAGUGAAGGAAAGCCACUUCGUUUUCUUGA